AUGUCUGUCUUCGUCUCUGGUGCUACUGGUUUUAUUGCUCAACACAUUGUUGGUCAAUUGCUAGAUGAAAACUAUAAAGUUAUAGGUUCUGCUAGAUCUCAAGCUAAGAUCGAUGAUUUACAAAAAAAGUUUGGUAAUAACCCAAACCUUUCUAUGGUUAUUGUUCCAGAUAUUAGUAAAUUAGAUGCUUUUGAUGAAGCAUUUAAGACUCAUGGUAAGGAUAUCAAAUAUGUUCUUCACACUGCUUCACCUUUUAAAUUCGACGUCAACGAUUAUGAAAAGGAUUUAUUAAUUCCAGCAAGAAAUGGUACUUUAGGUAUCUUAGAAGCCAUUAAGAAAUACGCGGCUGAUACAGUUGAAAGAUUUGUCAUUACCUCCAGUUUUGCUGCUGUUUUUGAUCUGGGUCGUCUAACAGAUGAUGAUCUUACUUUCACCGAAGAAUCUUGGAACCCUGAUGACUGGAACAGUUGUCAAAGAGAUGGUGGUUCAGCUUACUGUGGUUCCAAGAAAAUUGCUGAAGAGACCGCAUGGAACUUUUAUAAUGAAAACAAAGAUGUUGUAAAGUUUAAGAUGACUGCUAUCAACCCGGUCUAUGUAUUUGGUCCACAAAGGUUUGACUCAGAUGUCACCAAAACUUUGAACACUUCUUGUGAAUUUAUCAAUGCCGCUUUACAUUCUACUCCAGAUAAGUUACCCCAACCCUUUGCUGGUGGCUACAUUGAUGUUCGUGAUGUUGCUAAAGCACAUUUGUAUGCUUUCCAAAAGGAAAACACUAUUGGUCAAAGAUUAAUCAUGAGUGAAGGUAAAUUCAGUACUCAAGAUAUCUUAAACUAUUUGAAUGCUGAUUUCCCAGUUUUGAAGGGUUCUAUUCCAGUUGGUAAUCCAAGUGAAGCAUUAGAACAUAAUACAUCUGGCGCUAAGACCGAUAACCAUAAGACUAAAGAUAUUUUAGGUUUCAAGUUUAUUGGUUUGAAGCAAACAAUCGAUGAAACAGCCGCUCAAAUUUUAAAGCAGGAAGGUAGAUUAUAA